UGUUUAAUCUAGGCCCAUUAAAUAUGAGGCCUAUACUGUUUUUAAGCCCAUUACUCAUCAUUUUUUAUUAUUAUAUUUAAUUUAAUUUCUUCAUUUUAUUGACAUUUCUGAUAGAUUAGCGGUUGCUACUGACGCCGGAGAAGAGAGAUGGCGAGAUCGUGCUCUAUCUGGACACCUGUUUUGAUCUCACUUUCACCAGUGACCGGAGAAUCACCUAAAAUUUCACGGCGCCGGGUGAUUUUAGCCACAAGUAUAGGAUCUCCUCAGCCUUUACUUGAAGCAAAGAUCAAGGAACCUCAGAAGCUUCAAGUCCUUGAUUCCAAAGAUGUUUCCAGAAGAAACACUAUGCUGUAUCUAGCUGCUGGAUUUCUUGGAGGGAUCAACUUUCUCAAUGGUGAAGCCGCAGAAGCUCGAGUAGGGAGAAAGGAGAACAGAAAGAAAGCAUUGGAGAAGCUGAGGGCCAAAGCUAAAGAGUCAGAGCCCAACAACAAGUCAGGUAACCAAAAGAUAGAGAAAGAGUUAGAGAAAGAAGAAGUGUUUCCUCUACUUCCUCCACCUCUUGUCGUUGAAGCAAACUUGCUACAAUAAGCUCUCUCUCUCUUUUAGCUACACAAAUGUCAGAAUCAAUACCUUUGAUUUCAACACUACAUGCUGUUCUGUGCUAGGUUUCCUACUACAAAACGUGUAAGAUGAUGAAAUACACAAGUAGAGAAGAGCUAAGUGAUCUUCUUGUCCAUGUUUGUGAUGAGCUUCUUCAUCUGAAAUCUCCAGAAACAGAAGUAAGCGAAGCCAAAUCCAAUCAACACAUACAACCAAAUCUUAUCUUCACCACCUUCCUUCUCCGACCAAACCUCUUCUAUACCAAACCAUUCCCUCGCUCCUUCUUCUUUGUAACUACUUCCCAUUAUCCCCUCCAUCACUCUCCCAUACAACACAUAUAUCCUAUCCCGUCCCGCAACCGUCACCGCGGUCGGAAAGCCCUCGAUGUCGAGGUCAAUUUCGUCGUAAACAACUCCUUCGCUCCAGCUAUCUUGGCUUUUGAGUAACCAAAGCUUCUUCUGUGACACCACCAUGACUGUGCCGUCUCUCCGUCUCCUCGUCAUCCCGUCCGCCGCAAUCAGAUCA